AUGGCAAAUAAUCUGGGAAUUGCUGUGCUUUCAAGCUUGUCCACGCUACCGUUCUGGAAUCAAACUUUGAAAAGCUUAUACAUUGGGCUUGACGACUACAACGGAACGGUAAACAGAUAUACUGAUGCUCCGAGGAUGCCAACUUAUAAAGAAUUCUACGAAGCACUUCCGGAGGAUGAUCAGGAAUUCAUGGGGGCCAUUCAAAUCCACACGCAGGAUAUUGAAGGUGUUGAGGUGCAGUACCCUGCUGGGUUAGAGGAAGCUAUCAUUUGGAUACCUAUGUUGCCUAUUAGGCCACCAUCACCACAAACUAAUCUUUUCCCAUGGCAUUACCAUUUUAUUUCUUCAUCAAUUCCUGCCUUAAAGAGGGUAAAAAUAUGCACACGGCGCAUCUUCGCAGACGCAGGAUCGUUGGAACCAACGAGUCCAGGAGCUCAGAUGCGCCGUCAUAUAUCUCAGUACCUGGGCAAUGGCGAAUUUAUCGGAGUCAAACAAUUGUGUCUACGCGUCGUCGGGAGAGGUUACACAUAUGAGCGGAGCUUCGAAGUUCUGCUACGAUGGUUUCCGAAUGUUGAGGAAUUCGUGUUGGAUCUGGGGUUCGUCACUGGUCGACAUGAGGCUCAUUAUAGCGACGGAGCAUUGCCGUAUGCCGAGCUUUUGGAAACCCGGAACCUUGCAAAAAUAAGCGUCCCCUGGCCUAUGAUGGGACAAAAAAGGUUCACAAGGCCAGAAUUGGCAGACUUGAUCCACAGGUGGGAGGCAAGAGGCUUAAACAGUUUGAAAGAAGUGGAGUUUGUCCGAAGCGAGGUGCACCAGCUGAGCGAACUAGGCUCCGGUGUACGCUCACGUCCUAACGGAUUUAUACGGCGUGGUUGUAAAAUAGUGCGAAGUGGGUCCGGCCCAGGAUUGAAAUUGUGGUGGCGGAACUCUGUUAGCGAAACGAUACCUCAACGAAGGCAGCUUUCUACACGGCCUGGUGCAUGUUUUCACGGAUGGAAUGACUAUGUAAAGGAAGAAGAUGGGGUCGAAAGUGAAGAGGAGGAUUUUGGCGACCGCACUAUUUUAGGAAGUCACGAUAGUGAUGAAGAGCUACAGGAUGCAUAA